AUGUCAAAAUUAAAUCAUGAUGUUCUUUAUGAAAUUUUUCAAAAUUUACAAGACUUAAUUAAUAUGACAUAUACAAAUGAUCCGGAUAAUUUAAAUAAAAUGAUAAAUUAUAAAGAAUUUCUACGUUCUCAAUUUUCUUGUUUGUUAGUUAACAAGAAUUGGUGUGGAGUCAUGAUUCCAUUUUUAUGGAGUAAUCCUUUUAAAUAUGCCUAUAAAGCUCAUAUAAAGAGUUCAUUAUUCAAAAUUAUCAUUUCACAUUUACCGGAUAAUUCAAUUAAAUUAUUAAAAGAUGAAAAUAUCAUUGAAACAAAUUUUCAAAAGCUAAAACUUUCAUUUAAUUAUGUUAGAUUUUGUAAAUAUUUUAAUGAUAUUCAUAAUACCUGUACUGAAAUUUUAUUGAGAGAAGAAAUUUAUAAGUUUUUUAUUAGUGAAUGUUCAUCUAUAAAAUCUUUAAAUACAAAAAUGAUAUGUUAUCCAAUAUUAAAAUAUCCAGGAGCAAAUAUUUCUCUUUCAAAUCUUUAUGAGUUAGAUUGUAUUACAAAUUAUCAAGAUUUUUAUUAUGAAUUGGCACAAAUGUGCAAAUCAAUAGAAAAAAUUCAUGUAGUAAAUGAUUACUAUGAAGAAUCUUUUGGAGUCGUUAAAUUAAUUGAAAUGCAAACACAAAUUAAAUACGUGUUUAUAGAUGGAUUUUAUGAUGAAUGCAAAAAGAUUAUUCAGGCUUUAGAAAAACAUGUAAAUUCAAUUAUUCAUUUAGAAAUUACUGAAUAUACAUCUGCCAUACAUUUUCUCAUUCUAAAAUUAAUUAAUCUACGAUAUUUAAAAGUACUAUAUAAUGGUUAUUGGAUACUAGAGAAGUAUGUAAUAUAUUUAAAUUAUCAUAACCUUCGAGUACUUGAUUUGCAUCACAUAUCACUUGAUAUAGCUAUAAAUAUUAUUAAAAAUACUAAUGGAAAUCUUUGGAAAAUUAGGAUUGGAAAUACUAAAUAUUAUGAUAAGACAAAAGAAUAUAAUCAGACAAUACACAAAUAUUGUCCAAAUAUAAAAUAUGUAACAGUAUUUUUGGAUAGAGAUGGAACCCUGGAAGGAUUAGAGAAAAUCUUCAUCAAAUGUCAACACUUGGAAGCAAUAGAUAUAAAUAAAGAAAUUAAUUAUAAAUAUAUUGAUAAAUUUCUGAAUUUGUUGCUUGAAUUAGCUCCACUCACUUUAUGCAAAAUUCACAUUUAUGAUAUAUCUAAUUGCUUUGAUUCUGAUGAAUCUUUAAAAUUAUUUCUUAUUAAUUGGGGUCAUCAUAAAGGUAAAAAAACUUUACAUUUAUAUUGUGAUAGUGAUUAUACAGACAUAAUUAGAGAUAUUAUACAUAAAUAUGAUAUUAAGGAUUUUUGGAAUUAUUAUAUUUCAUGGUAA